AUGUCCUCCCCAGACUCCUCCUUACAAGAGCCACUUGAUACAACGCUAGUUCUUGACGAAUCUGUCUCUUUGACCAUCGGCGGCGACUUGCUCCUCAUAGUUGAACCAGAGACCAACUAUGCCAUACCAUUGUACAACAUCCUCGGUGCCGAAAUUACCGCUUCCAAUCUCGUCAUUGCCUAUGCAAAGCCUGCUGCCAAGGACGAAAUUUCCGUAACGACCGUCCAAUAUCCAAUUUCUGAAAAAGAAAAAAAGGCUGUCGAGACAUGGGUACUGCGAUUACUCGAUAGGGCUUAUGCAAAGGCACUGCGCGGCAAACGGCUAAAAGUAUUGGUCAAUCCUUUUGGUGGAAAGGGGACAGCUGCAAGUUUGUAUAAGCGAUUUGCGGCACCAGUCUUCGCCGCGGCGAAGUGCCAGGUGGAUGUACAAACCACGGAACACAGGGGGCAUGCAAUUGAAAUUGCCGAAAAUCUUGAUAUCGAUGCCUACGAUGCAGUCGUUUGCUGCUCUGGCGAUGGCUUGCCCUAUGAGGUAUUCAAUGGGUUGGGCAGGCGACCAGAUGCUCGAAAAGCGCUAGCGCAAACCGCCGUUGCGCUGCUCCCAUGUGGCUCUGGAAACGGAUUUACAUGGAAUGCUUUCGGGACUGGUAGCGUCUCGGUUGCGGCUCUGGCAAUCGUCAAGGGGCUGAGAACUCCACUGGACCUAAUAUCGAUCACCCAGAAAGAUUCGCGCACGCUCUCUUUCCUCUCGCAAUCUUUUGGUAUCGUCGCUGAGUGUGAUUUGGGGACUGAGAACAUUCGCUGGAUGGGUGCUCACCGGUUUACAUACGGUUUCCUGGUCCGUUUGAUGCGGCUAAUGAUCUGGCCUUGUGAUAUAGCCAUCAAGGUGGAAAUUGGCGACAAAGAACGAAUCAAGGAACACUACGCUGCGUGGUCUACACGCCCACAGGAGCCAGAUGCUGACAGUAAACGCCUCGGAAUUGCUGCGGAGUCCCCAGGCCUACCAGAGCUCAAGUAUGGCACAGUGACGGACGAGCUGCCCCAGGGGUGGGAGGUGGUUUCCGGAGAAACCAUGGGCAAUUUCUAUGCGGGAAAUAUGGCCAUAAUGUCGAAAGAUACAAAUAUGUUCCCUGCAGCAUUGCCUGACGACGGCCUGAUGGACGUGGUCACUAUAGAUGGAACAGUCAGUCGUGGUACAACGAUCAGCAUGAUGAACGAAAUUUCCAGUGGUCGAUUUUUCGACAUGCCAGACCUGAAUGUCCGCAAGGCGUCUGCGUUCCGUCUAGUUCCCCACCAGAAGGAGGGCUACAUCAGUAUUGAUGGUGAACGGGUGCCUUUCGAAUCGUUCCAAGCCGAGGUGCACCAGGGACUAGGCACGAUCCUCACCAAAUCUGGCCGCUCCUAUGAGGCGGCAGGUCCUCGCUGA